ACUCUAAGAGCAAUUACCAUUGGAGCUCGAGGCGAACCAGACACUGAACGAAUAGUUGUGUUCGAAUCAUGGGUCGACUGGGUGAAUUUGUGGUGUUUUUCAUGGUCACUUUAUUUGUUGCUCAUGUUGUCAAAACGCUAAUAUUCAUAGGACAUUUCACUCAUAUUGUGAAUCACUCUCCCGGACCUUGCAGAGUAAUAGAAGUGAAUGGCUCAGAGGAUCUCGCCCUCCUUAACGAUGGACUAGUGUUCGUGUCUUCUGGACUUCGUUACAGGCUCAGCAUCUCGUAUGACCCAGUGCUUGACACGCGUGAGGGCAAAAUUUUGACGUUUGACUUCAACAAAGCCAAUAAAAAUCCAGUAGAAUUGACGCUGAAGAAUUUUAAUCGUUCGGGGUUUAACCCGCACGGGAUCAGCGCGUAUCAGGAUCCAUCUUCUGGCGCGGUUUCCCUGUUUGUCAUAAACCACCGACCGGAUGCCCAAGCCAUUGAAAUAUUUGACUUCGAACGGGAAACUCGCUCACUGAUUCAUCGGCGCUCUGUGGUGAAUGAACUGAUCUGGAGUCCAAAUAACUUACAUGCAGUAGGUCCAGAUGCCUUUUACGUGACAAACGACAAUUUGUUUCGAUAUGGGACAGUACAGCAAUUGCUAUAUAUGUAUAUUUUAAACAACUUCUUUGCCUCAAAUAUUGUGUAUUUCGACGGAUUUAAGGCCAUCGAAGCGAUAAGUGGAGUCCAUCCUAAUGGCUUAGCCAUGGAUAAAGACCAAAGUUUUGUCUUUGCGUCUGCAACCCAUGAUAACGGUGUGGCAGUUUACAGACGUCGUCGUGACAACACCUUGGAGGCUUCUCAGGUGAUUAAAGUUGGAGCAUAUGUUGACAACAUUAAUGUCGAUCCUGUUACCGGGAACCUUUGGUUGGCAACAAUACCGAAAAUUCUUGACAUCGUGGCGUACUCAAAAAACAUCAGCCACCCUAGUGCCUCUCAGGUUCUCGAGGUACAGUUAGGGAAAUCAUCUGCAUCUGGGAUCGCUUUUCCUUAUCACAAGGUUCGUGGGGUGUACAGGAAUGACGGAAAGGAAUUGUCUGCUUCCACAUCUGCUCUUGUCUAUAAGAGCCAACUCCUUGUUGGAACUUUAUCUACUAACAUGCUAUAUUGUGAAGUGAAAUACUAUUGAUUCGUCAGAAAACUAACUGCCCAAAAAGGCAAAGAGUGAUGUGCUUGUUUCCCGUAGAGCAUGCUGAGUUUCAAGCACGUUCAUCAACGGUAGAAGACCCCUAAAUUCGUGAUACAAACGUUAUAUAACCAAAAUGUGGGAUAAUAUAAGUUAGUGUACUUUUUCUACCUUUAGCUGUUCAUAUGCAGCUCCCCCAGAAGUGCCCCAGAAUCAGAGGACUUGAAAAAUCGCGUGAUUAUGUUGUUAUAAAUAAAUUCUUACGAUGAUGAA